CAUUCACAGCCUCAGCUGUCAAUCACCGGGUCCAGGCCGGUGAUUACUGAGUAUCUCCGAUGGGGGAGAGACCUGUAUGUAAACAAUACAGAUCACUCCCCUGUCAGUUCCUGCACACUGUUUUGUAUGGCCCUGCAUAGCAGUCAGUGAAGCACACACACAGCCCCCAUAGUGAAACAGCACACAGUUAAUGCUUUGAUCACCCAAGAUGUUAACCCCCUCCUGCUCAGUGCCAUUAGUACAGUGUCAGUGCUUUUUAUUAGCACUGAUCACUGUAUUGGUGUCACUGGGGAUGUCAGUGACACCAAAUCAGUCCCCCCCAGUGUCAGAAUGCCUACCGCAGUCCCGCAGUCACGCUAUAAGUCGC